CACAAAAGACGUGUCAGUGGAAGGAGUAGACGGGGGAUUGUGGAGAAGCAUGUUGAAAAAUGUCCGAUUACUUGAAUUUAUCGUGGGACGUGAACAGUGGUAAACAGUCGCGUUUGUGUUGAACGGGGAACAGUGAACUGUAUAGUACCAGUGUCGAUACAUGAGUACAGUCGGCUACCGCGGCGUAUCACGUGGACGAGAAAUGGGCCGAUCGGUUUGAAACGAGAGAGAGAGCGAGCGAGCCAGACACACGCCGAACCCGAAAUAAUUUUCGAAACGUUCAGACCAGUUGUCGGUGUUGUUUUGUUCCUGUGGGGAAACGUCCGAGCCGGCCCCGCGACACGAGCCACGCCGCUGUGAAUAAGGACCGCGUCGCGUCGAUUAAAACGGUGAUUGCAUCAGAGGCCCCGCAGGAUCUGGGCAACGAUGGAUGGUGCCAGACAGGAAUGAUAGAAUGCAAGAGGGUAGCACCGCCGUGGCGCUAGCGAUGGUGACUCCUGGCUACGAUCAGGACCCUGCGAGUGGGGCUGAUUACACGACCCAUCAGGAUCAGGCCCAGUUCGAGGCAGACAAAAGGGCAGUCUACAAGCAUCCACUCUUCCCCUUGCUCGCGUUACUUUUCGAAAGAUGCGAGCAGGCCACCCAGAGCUCGGACAACUCGACGUCCGAAAGCUUCAACAUGGACAUACAGGCCUUCGUCCAACACCAAGAAAGAGACCGAAAGCCGUUCUUGAUCAAUGACCCCGAAAUUGACGGUUUGAUGAUCAAAGCGAUACAGGUGCUGCGGAUCCACCUACUCGAGCUGGAAAAGGUGCAGGAGCUGUGCAAGGACUUCUGCAACAGGUACAUCACGUGCCUGAAGGGCAAGAUGCAGAGCGAGAAUCUGCUACGCAGCGAUUACAGUCAUCAUGGGCACGACAUGGGUCCGUCGAGUGGCAGCAACGGCAGCAGUCCUCUGCAGGUGCUGUCUUCUACAGGCAAUGAUGUUGAGCCGGGAGCUAACGGAUUCAGAGUGAGCAGAGGCGACACCCUGUCGGAGAACGGUGGCGCGAGUCAAGUGGCCGCGCAAGAGGAAACCGGUAACGACAGGCCGCCUUCGGUGCGAUCAUCUUCCACUGCUCAACGUUCAAACAGAUCCUCCAGCCAGGAGCAUGACGAUCCUCUGUCGCCUUCCACGGUACACGGAAGCACACCCCUCUCUCAGAUCGGGGUUCACACCUGUGCGCCGGUCAACGACAUGUAUCUUGGCCAAGAUGAUAUGGACUAUGUGAAUACUGCCGACAGAAUUUAUUUAGAAGAAGCUGGUUAUUGGGGCCUUCUUGCAUUACAAGAACGUGAGAAUAAAUACGUCGAUGUGGUGGGAGAUGCUAGCGACGAAAAGAGCUUUGAUAUCACUUUGGCUGGUUCUCCUUCCCCUGCACCCAGCGAAGAUGAAGCCGAUGGAUGUGGCACUGGCACUGCUACUUCAAAUCAUAGUAGUACUCACGGGGGUAGUCAUAGUAGCAUUAAGAAAGGAAGACAGAAGAGAGGAGUCUUACCUAAACAAGCUACAAGUAUCAUGCGAACCUGGCUCUUUGAACAUUUAGUUCACCCUUAUCCUACGGAGGAUGAGAAGCGUCAGAUCGCAAGUCAAACGAACUUAACAAUGUUGCAAGUGAACAAUUGGUUCAUCAAUGCUCGUCGGCGAAUCCUUCAGCCGAUGCUGGACGGCGCCGGGGCGGAUCCGGUACAGCGCGCGGGAAAACGUCACAAAGUCUCGAAGCAUGUCGUUCAACAACAGCACGUGCAACAACAACAAGCUGGCGGCUGGCAAUCCGAAGACUCUGGGAGCGAUUCAGGCUCCAGCGACGGUGAGGGAGGUGCCGAUAGAUCGAAAGAUGGUAACGAUAGCGACGAAGAUGAUCUUCACUGACCUCUGUCGAUCAUUCAAACGUCAACCUCUUUACGGUACCUUCAAAUCCAGUUGCUCAUUACAGUAUUAAGGUAUUCGAGAAUAGAUUUCGCUUUAACUGUCAAAUACGUAAUUAUUCUCGCGAAAAUCAAGGGUAUAUCGGUCGAGGUUAUCACGCUCUCUUAUCGGAUCCAACAAUAUUUCAUCUACUUUCACCAUCGUUGGACUCAGAUCUCUAACAGUCGUCGAUUUUGUUAUCACAUCUAUUUUUGCAGACCGAAAGAAUUCAAAUGGAACGGACAUUGUAUAUUUCAGUUGGUGCACCUACCCCCCACUCAUCUUGUUCCUCGUAAAAAAGGAAGUGAAUUACGAUACGAUUUUCCUGAAUUGUUGAGAACUUAUUCAUACCAAAAGAAAUGUUAAGUUUUUACAUUGUUAUCACCUCGGUAGUUUUGUUAAUUCUUCGAUGUAUACAACACGGUUGAAGAUACUUUCAUUGUUUAGUUUUUCGUUUGGUCUGAAUGUUUCUCUUCGUAAUGGAAAAUUAUUGAUUUAUAUAUAUUAUAUAUAUAAUAUAUAUAAUUUUCCCUUCACAUAGAUCAUGUUUUCUAUUCUGGGGCAUGCAUCGCUUCGUUUACGAGCGAUAGUAAUUCGCGAAACAGAUUAUUUUUUCAAACGGUUAAAGACGAACAUUCGCAUGGAAACAUCAUAAUGAAAUUAAAUAUUUCCUACUAUCUUCGAAUCUUUCCUAUAAUGUAAUCUAUAACAGAACAUUCUACUUGUUUGCAUUCAACAAGUUAUACUUAAGAGAUUAAAACAGGUUAAUAUUGCUGUUUGUAUAUUUUUAUAUCAGACUUUAUUUCAAGCAAAGUGAAUUUUGUAUAUGAAUACAGAGAAAAUGAUAACGGUGAUCCAUCUUCUGAAUUUGAUAAAAUGCAAUUCGAAUAUAUCUGAUUAAAAGAUGAACAAAUUUAUACUACACUUCUUAAUCUGAAUUCUCUGAUAUAUAUCACGCAUAAAAAGAUUGAUGUAAACACGAGCACACACUUUUCACGCAGAAACGUCGCAUAAUUUAAAUUACCAACAACAUGACAGCAACUUCUUCAGUUCAUGGAAUCUAAUAUUUCUAACCAGAAAUAAAUACAUUUGUAAGAAAUUCUUAGUAUUUCUAUAGUGCUAUUGAAAUCGUCCAAGUGAGACUAUGUAUAGUAUAGUAAAUCUUAUAACGACGUCAAGAGAAAGGUCGUUCUCAAACCGUUCUAAUUAAAAAAUAAGCUACGAUGAUAUUGUACUACACUUAACGUAAUAGACGAGAUAUUUUAACGAUCGGUCAACGAUAUAACGAACAACAACAACAACAGAAAAAACGAAAACAGUUCUUCGAAUUAUCGACUAACGUUCCAAACAGAAACUUUCAUCGACAAGCUUGCACUAUUUUUGCGAUUUAACGAGCCUUUGUGCAACGGAUGAUCGAUCGGUCACUAGAUUAUAGUAAUCUCGGUCUUGUAUUCUUCGUGCCAUUGAAGAGCGUGGUAACUUCCGCGUUUAGUCUUUGUUCAGCUCCGCAGUGUCGUGACAUAGCAAAGUGCUAUCCCUCCAAGAUAAUAAUAACAACAAUAAUAAUAAUUAAAUAUUAAUAAUACUAUUACGAUUAAUAACAACAACAACAACAGCAACAAUGAUAAUAUAAUACUACUUUAAAUAUAUGAUGAUUAUAUUUUUAAACUCUAAGUGUCGUCUUUGAACGCGUGUACCGCAGUUUUAACGAGAUUGUGGUACUGCUGUACAUAACUAUACACAGAACUGUUAGAAAUAAAGGGAGAAGAAUAUUAGUGAUUUAAUCUGAAGAAGAUUAACGAUACACCUUUUUCUUGUAUCUGAUGAAAAAAAAAGAUGAACUCGAAUUAAAGAAAGAAAACAAAGACAGAGAAAGAAAACUUUUAAAAAAGCCCAACGACAAGCACAUGCCAUCUUAGGAUAAGUGUUCAUACAUUCGCUGUCUGCAUAUGAUCGUUGCGUUUUACUUAAGCGAGAAAAAAAAAAUAAUAAUUAUCUCCAGAUCGCGAGUGCUGAAUACUUAGCAACUUGUAUACUUUUUCACGCUAUGAAUCGUUAGUGGAUGCGGUGUAUGUUCUUAGAUUCGAUAUCGAUAAUCGUCAUCGUCUCGAAUUCCGAUGAUCAUCCGUGUAGAUAUAAUCUGUAAAAGUUCUUCCUAUGUACUUGUCUUCGAUUGUCCUUGUUUCCAAGCGUUCCGUCCAUCGCACUUCGAACCGUUGAAAUCUGUCCUAAGACCGUUGACUGACUUGGAAAUGCGAUUCUAAAUGGACAAACGUUUCCGAGAUCGAAUAAUUAAAACGAUGAUGUAGAAUAGAUGCUUCGCCGGGAUAUCGAUUUAUUCCGGCACUAUCACCUUGUUUCUAGCAGCGAACUAAAAGUUUUUCGAAUUUUCAACGCUUUAGCGAUUGUGUAACUAUUGCACGUUGUAGAACUGAAAAAAUUAUAAGGCAUUAACGCGGAUCGUGUCAAACUGUAGGCGACGACAGAAUUAUGUUAUUAGAGGAGCGUUAAAUUCGAAAAAAUUUUGGAAACUUUUUCGGAUAUGUGAACAAUGAACGUGGUUACUUUUUGCAACGAGAUGCACAGGUUUCCUUAAGCACGUGUCAGUGGUUCAUAGUAUACAGCACUCUCACAAUUUCUCCGUGUGGUCUCUACGAAACUGCUAAGUUUAACAUACGACUACAGUAGAACCUCCAUUAUCAACACUGACAGGCAAACAUAGAAUAUUAUUGUUUUCUAGAAUCAGUUGUUAAACAGUUUCAUAACUUAGAUCUAUCUCUACGAAAUUGUUGACCAUUCAUUCUUUAGUCUUUUUUAGUCUCUAUAGGGUCUAGCGGGGAGAGAGUUUGAUUUUGAACGAUCCUAAAUAAUUUGUUAUCUUUUAUGAAGAAAUGUCUCAGCGAAGUGAAUAAAAACUACACGAAUAAUGGAGGUAUCUUUUGUAUAUGGCUAAACAGACCGAAGCUAGUCCAUUGAUUGCAACGCAUUGAGGACAAACAAUUAGCAUGUAACUAAAUACCAUCGACUGAUGAAUUUGUGUUAUAGAUAUGCAGCGUUAGAAGGCAAGCAUGUAAUAGAGAAUCCAAAUCAUGCGGCAACAGGUCCUCAAUGCGCUCAGAGAAGAAUGUCUCGUACAAAACAGAAGGUUGAUGCUGUCGAUUAGGUCACUCAUUUUACUGGUAUCCUGAAUUCUUCCGGUAUCGAUGUACAUAGCCGACUGGCACAAAGUGCUUCCAUUAGUGGCUCCACGAGCUUUUUUCCGGGCAUCCUAGGCGAACCGAUUCCAAAAUCUGUUGCUGGUCGCAAAAUUUUGAGGAAGUUCCGAGUCGGAAGAAUCGAGUUGAUCGAGAGGCGUAGUAAAACGAUAUUAUCAGUUGAAGACAGCUUUUACAGUAUAGCUCCAUAUACGGUGUAGUGACAUAAGUGAGAAAAUCGAACGAUCGUGGACACAGAAGAAUCAACGUAAUAAAGAAAGAAAGAAAGAAAGAAAGAAAAAAAGA